CCUUCUCUAAAACCCUAAUAACUGACCACAAGCCAUGGGGGCUGUGGCCAACGGAAACGGAGAGCGAGACGGCAGAAAGGAGGAGGAAGAAGAGGAGGAGAUAGGCUUCGAAGAGCUGGGCGUCGACCCCCGGCUGAUUCGAGCUUUGUCGAAGAAGUCCAUCACCAAGCCGACCCCAAUCCAGCGCGAGGCCAUCCCCUUGAUCCUGGAAGGCAAGGAUGUCGUGGCGCGGGCCAAGACGGGCUCCGGGAAGACGUUCGCCUACCUUCUUCCGAUGCUGCAGAAGCUCUUCUCCGAGAGCGGUUCGAGAAAGACCGCGCCGAGAACCUUUAUCCUCGUGCCAACAAGGGAACUCUGUCAACAGGUUUAUAACGAGGCAUCAUCGCUCCUCGAGUUCUGUAGAGUUCAGUUGAAAGUUGUGCAAUUGACGGCCAGCAUGCCAGUUGCAGAUAUGAGGACAGCACUGGCUGGGCCGCCUGAUAUUGUGGUCUCCACUCCAGCUUGCAUUUCAACAUGCAUGUCAAAAGGUGUCCUUCAGACAUCAAACAUCAAGGAUUCACUUUCAUUGCUGGUUCUUGAUGAGGCUGACCUCCUAUUAUCAUAUGGCUAUGAGAAUGAUUUGAAAACUCUUAUUCCCCAUGUGCCACGACGUUGUCAAUGCCUCCUAAUGUCAGCAACUUCAAGUUCUGAUGUCGAGAAAUUGAAGAAGCUUGUGCUGCAUAAUCCUGUAAUCCUGACCCUAUCAGAAGCUGGUCACUCAGAUGACAUUAUUCCAAAAACUGUACAACAAUUUUGGAUUUCAUGCAGUGCUCACGAUAAGCUACUCUACAUCCUUGCUCUGUUGAAGUUGGAGCUUAUUCAGAAAAAAGUGCUUAUAUUUCUCAAUUCCAUUGACAUGGGGUAUAGAUUAAAGCUAUUUCUAGAACAGUUUGGGAUAAAUUCUGGAGUCUUAAAUGCUGAAUUGCCCCAAAAUUCACGUCUUCAUAUUCUUGAGGAAUUCAAUGCAGGGUUAUUUGAUUAUUUGAUAGCAACAGAUGACGGCCAGACAAAGAAGGAACAAACAAGUAAGGAAAAUCACAUCCAGUCAAGAUAUUCAAAGAAAAAGUUAAGACAAAAAUUGGAUGCAGAAUUUGGGGUCGUGAGAGGAAUCGACUUCAAAAAUGUCUUCACGGUAGUCAAUCUUGACAUGCCUCAGAGCUCUGCUGGAUAUGUUCACAGGAUUGGUCGCACAGGAAGAGCUUAUAACACUGGUGCAUCGGUGUCUCUUGUUUCUCCUGAAGAGGAAGAAAUUUUUGAAGAAAUCAAACUCAUGUUUGGAGACGAUGAGAAGCAAGACUCCUCAAAGUCUAUUGAACCUUUCCCUUUACUUACUAAAAAUGCUGUGGAGUCUUUACGAUAUAGAGCUGAGGAUGUUGCUAAAGGUGUAACAAAAGUUGCGAUUAGAGAAGCACGAGCUCAAGAUCUCAGAAAUGAAAUUCUUAAUUCUGAGAAGCUGAAGUCUCAUUUUGAAGUUAAUCCAAGGGACUUAGGUAAUAAAGAAAACUUUGGAGGAAGAUAUUCUUGCCAUCUAGAAUUUAAUUUUAUUUGUUUUUGCAUGAUUUUUUGGGAACAAUUUAAUUCUCAGUGUAUAAUUUUGGCAUCUGCAACGGCAGAUUUACUAAAGCAUGACAAGUUACUGAGCAAGAAGGCUCCUUCAUCUCAUCUACGUGAGGUACCUGAAUACCUCCUUGAUCCCACGACAAAAGAGGCCAGCAAGAUACUCAAGCUCUCAAGAGCUGCAAUGAAGAUAGAUACCAAAAAAAGGCGUCCUGGUUUUAAGAAAGGAUUUGGUAGAAGUAGAGACCCCCUCAAGACUUUCUCUGCCGAGGAGAAGUCGCACAAAGGUGAGAAGAGAAGGAAGGACAAUGACGAAGUCAUUAAACAUAAGAAAAAGAAGGCCAAACAGGGCAUGUAAUAUUACUCGCCACAUUGAUUUCUUUUUAUCUUUGGAGCCUGGGGUUGAUGCUAUGGAAAAUGAUGGAGCCCAUGGUGUUAACCUCUGCAGUUUUGUAACAUCUAGGAGUGAUGCUAGAAAAUGGCAGCCUUGUACUUGUUUCGGUGAAAUUUUUAUUCCGCUCUAUCAGCAACCUCUCUACAUCUUCAUGGUGUAGUUUCAUUACGUAUGAUGUACAUUUUCUGGAGUAAAGGCUUCAAUUAAGUAGCCGGUAAAUUGCUAAUUAUAUUUAUAAUGCUGUGGCAAUUUCUUUGAA